AUGGAUUCAGAGACGACAAUGAAAGUCAUAGCGAAUUCUGUGUUCGGCGGGGAUAAAAAAAUUUUGUUGGAAUCCAUGGGAGAAUUGUUUAUGGUCGACAAGUUUUGGAGUGUUGGACCUGAUAACGAUUUCGAUUAUGAUGAUGAGAACUACGGGUUUUAUGAAGAUUUCGAUUGUUUCAUGAGCGAAAGAACUGUGAAACUUGAGGUAUACAAGUUGGAUCACGAAGAACAGAAGUGGAUUGAGGUGAAAAGUUUGGGUGAUCGAAUGCUGUUUUUAGACAAGUUGGGGCUAGCCCACGAGGUUCUAAACUAA